CGAAGAGUGUUCCCGCUCGUGGUGCGGUUAACGCGCGAGGCAGGUGUGCCGACGUUUCUCGUUCGAGCCUGCAGCUCCUUCCUACGUGUCAGAAUGCUGCUCACCCUCGGUUUCGUGCUGCUGGUGGCCUCAGCGGCGCUGGCCACAGAAUACAAGAGAUGUCCCGACGGGAGCAUCUGCGUCUUAAACGGCACUUGCUGUCUGCUACCAGUCGGCCGCUACUCGUGCUGCACCAUGAGCAACGCCGUGUGCUGCCCCGCGCGCAGCAGCUGCUGCCCCCAGCACUACGUGUGCGACGACGCGUCCAACCUGUGCGUGCCGGCGGCCGGGGCGCGCGGGCAUUCCGAGGCCGCGAAAGCGACUAAGACGACCACCGUCGCCGCCACCGGAAGGACGACGCGCAGGAGCAGCGUCGGCGACGACGAGCGGCUCCUGACCAAGUGCCCGGCGGGGGACACGUACUGCUUCCGCGACAACAGCACGUGCUGCCGCCAGGAGGCCGGCUCGUACGGCUGCUGCCCCGACCGGGACGCUGUGUGCUGCAGCGACCUGGUCAACUGCUGCCCGCGCGGGUUCGCCUGCAUCCGCGGCACGGGCAACUGCGUCCAGACCACGACCGUGGCGAGGCUGGCCGCCGCCGCCGGCGCGCGGCGCCCGGCGUUUCGCGAAGCUCUGCCGGGCUCGGACAUGGCGGAGCCACUGGCCGUGCCGGCCAUGAGGCUCGAGCGGGGUGCUGCGAUGCCUUAGCGCGGGCGCGGAUCGUUCGAGGGCCCCCACCGUGUGAUCUCGAGUGGGGCGCGCCGUCUCACCCUCCGUCGGGUCCCAGCAUGAGAGAAGGCGCCGCGGGUGUCUUUUGUGAAGUAUAUGUUGUAAUCGCAUGCGUCA